GCUGAGGAAUAAAACAAAGGAUCCAGAUCAAAGCAGACACAGCUAGCUAUCCACAAUGGCACUGAAAAUUCACUUCUCAAUCCUUUCCAUAGCAGUUUUGGCCAUAUGCACUUCUGCAGAUCUCUAUUCGGUUAAUUUUAGCUAUACGGGUGAAAAUGGUCCUGAGCAUUGGGGAAGUUUGAGUCCAUCUUUCGCAGCAUGCUCAAAUGGGAAAGCUCAGAGUCCUGUGGACCUUAAGAAGGUUGAUAUUGUCUUGAACAAGCAUUUGAAGUCCUUAGAUGAACAUUAUCUUCCCACAAAUGCCACUCUGGUCAACAACAUAUUCAACAUUGGGGUGCAUUUUGAAGGACAAGUAGGAGAUAUUAAUAUAAAUGGAAAAAAUUACUCCUUGAAACAAUUGCACUGGCAUUCUCCUGCAGAGCACCGGGUCAAUGGUUUUAAACAUGACGCGGAGAUGCAUCUAGUCCACCAGACCAAAGAUAAUGACACGGCAGUUGUGGCAGUGCUCUACAAAUUGGGUGAUCCCGAUCCUAUCAUCUCAAAGAUUGAAGACAAGUUGAUUGAAUUGGACAAGGAGACCUGUGCAGGUUAUAAGGGUGCCCCUAUUGCUCUUGGCACCUUUGAUGUAAAGGAGAUAAAUACAAGGACCCACAAGUAUUAUAGAUAUGUUGGCUCUCUCACUACUCCUCCAUGCACACAGGGUGUCACCUGGCACAUCCUUAGGAAGGUGAGGACACUCUCCAAAAAACAAUUGGAGCUCCUAAAGGCACCACUGGGCGUAGGGUUCAAGCACAAUGCAAGGCCAGUUCAGCCACUGAAUGGUCGCAAAAUUGAGAAGUACUGCCAUCCCAGCAAGAGGCAUAGAGACUCAACGAAAUAUCAUAAAUAAAUUAUUUGAGUAUCAUGUAGUUUUGCAUAGGAGAGUAUCUUACUCUGUUUACCCUGCUUUUAACAGGGACGUUGGGGCAUUAUCUAGUAUAGUUAUGGGAUAUAUUUUUGGGGUUUAAGUCCCUUAUGUUGUAGGACAGGAUGAUGAUUUUCUGCGUACACAAUAUUACAUGAGAUCCACUGCUUUAAUAAAUAAAAAAAACAGAAA